ACACUUUCCACUCCACACACACACUCCCCGAAGUCCGCCAUGGCCACCGCCGCCUCCUGCUGCUGCCGCCGCCACCUCGCCGUCGCCGCGCCCCGCGCCCCGCGCCUCGCCGCCGCCGCCGCCGUCGUCUUGGCCUCCUCCGCCUCCGGUGCCGCCGCGGGGGAGCCCGUCCGCCGCAUCCGCCGUCGCGCGCCUGGCCCGCAGCCGACCCAGCCCCUCAAGUCGGCCCCACCCACCCAGCCGUCCGUCGCGGAGGUGCGGCGCGCCAUCGGCCUCGGCGAUGACGACCCUUCGGCGUCCUCCCGCCGCGGGGAGAGGCAGUCCGCGUUCAUGGAGCUCAUCGCGUCCACACCGAUCGGGCAGCCGGAGGGCCACGCCGAGCGCCGCCUCCGGGAGGCCGCCGAGUGGGUCGUCGACACCACCGAGGACCGCGCCUGCCAAGCACAAAAGUCCCUGUUGCUGCUGUGCAUGAAGAUCUUUCCUCUGUGGCUGCUCCUCCUGUCUAUUGCCCUCGGCAUUAUAAAGCUACCAUUUGAUAUUCCUGGUCUGGAUAAUCUCCUAAUGUAAGGCGUUAGUUUGUUCUAUUAUUCUUUUCAUGAUUAUACAAGCUGUGGACACUUGAAAGAAAUAGCAGUAGAUAUGAUAUGGACCAUUGAGGUCAUUGCUGUUGUAAGUUAUGAUCAAGUUGUACAAUUGCUGUUCUUCACUUGCUUGCGGAAUAACAUGUGACAAUUGCUGUUCUUCACUUGCUUGCGGAAUAACAUGUGGAUAAGUGCAUUA